AUGGCACUGCUGCUCCAGAAAUGCCUGCCACCCGGACAGCCCGGCCGCUCCCUCCGCCCUGUGUGCCUGAAAAAGGCCAAGCGAGGCGCCAGAAGCCGCCCAGGCUUUCCAAGCGGCGGCGGGGGUGGGGGGGUGGCGGCCAGCGCCCGCGAGUCCAGGAGCCGCCGUCCCGGCCUUGGGCCUCCUGGCGCGGAGGAGGAAGGCACCCCCAGAGGCGUCCACCACACUGCGGGCAUCCAGGGGACCCCUCUGCGCGUCUCCCCGAGCAGCCCAGCCCACCCGGGGAACGGGCACCCUGUCGUCACCUCACUGCCCACUGGGGCGCGGGUGUCUCUGCCACGGUUGUCCCACCCCGGGGCCCGCGUGCCGCCCGGGAUGGCUAUCGGCCUGCGGCGGCCGGCACCGUGGCUCCGGGGCCUGGAGAGGACUCCGGAGGCCAAAGCCGGCCGCCAGCCCACCUCCAGGGUGUCCCCGGUCGCGACCCGGGCGGCGGAGGCGGCCCCGCCGGCCGGGGCCCUGCUGGGCCAAGGAGCUGCCCGGGGUGGCCGUUGGGGCCGAGGGGGCGUGGCCUCGGCGGGCGCCCUGUUCCCUAGCAACCCAGGCCUGCGGCGGCCGGCACCGUGGCUCCGGGGCCUGGAGAGGACUCCGGAGGCCAAAGCCGGCCGCCAGCCCACCUCCAGGGUGUCCCCGGUCGCGACCCGGGCGGCGGAGGCGGCCCCGCCGGCCGGGGCCCUGCUGGGCCAAGGAGCUGCCCGGGGUGGCCGUUGGGGCCGAGGGGGCGUGGCCUCGGCGGGCGCCCUGUUCCCUAGCAACCCAGGCCUGCGGCGGCCGGCACCGUGGCUCCGGGGCCUGGAGAGGACUCCGGAGGCCAAAGCCGGCCGCCAGCCCACCUCCAGGGUGUCCCCGGUCGCGACCCGGGCGGCGGAGGCGGCCCCGCCGGCCGGGGCCCUGCUGGGCCAAGGAGCUGCCCGGGGUGGCCGUUGGGGCCGAGGGGGCGUGGCCUCGGCGGGCGCCCUGUUCCCUAGCAACCCAGGCCUGCGGCGGCCGGCACCGUGGCUCCGGGGCCUGGAGAGGACUCCGGAGGCCAAAGCCGGCCGCCAGCCCACCUCCAGGGUGUCCCCGGUCGCGACCCGGGCGGCGGAGGCGGCCCCGCCGGCCGGGGCCCUGCUGGGCCAAGGAGCUGCCCGGGGUGGCCGUUGGGGCCGAGGGGGCGUGGCCUCGGCGGGCGCCCUGUUCCCUAGCAACCCAGGCCUGCGGCGGCCGGCACCGUGGCUCCGGGGCCUGGAGAGGACUCCGGAGGCCAAAGCCGGCCGCCAGCCCACCUCCAGGGUGUCCCCGGUCGCGACCCGGGCGGCGGAGGCGGCCCCGCCGGCCGGGGCCCUGCUGGGCCAAGGAGCUGCCCGGGGUGGCCGUUGGGGCCGAGGGGGCGUGGCCUCGGCGGGCGCCCUGUUCCCUAGCAACCCAGGCCUGCGGCGGCCGGCACCGUGGCUCCGGGGCCUGGAGAGGACUCCGGAGGCCAAAGCCGGCCGCCAGCCCACCUCCAGGGUGUCCCCGGUCGCGACCCGGGCGGCGGAGGCGGCCCCGCCGGCCGGGGCCCUGCUGGGCCAAGGAGCUGCCCGGGGUGGCCGUUGGGGCCGAGGGGGCGUGGCCUCGGCGGGCGCCCUGUUCCCUAGCAACCCAGGCCUGCGGCGGCCGGCACCGUGGCUCCGGGGCCUGGAGAGGACUCCGGAGGCCAAAGCCGGCCGCCAGCCCACCUCCAGGGUGUCCCCGGUCGCGACCCGGGCGGCGGAGGCGGCCCCGCCGGCCGGGGCCCUGCUGGGCCAAGGAGCUGCCCGGGGUGGCCGUUGGGGCCGAGGGGGCGUGGCCUCGGCGGGCGCCCUGUUCCCUAGCAACCCAGGCCUGCGGCGGCCGGCACCGUGGCUCCGGGGCCUGGAGAGGACUCCGGAGGCCAAAGCCGGCCGCCAGCCCACCUCCAGGGUGUCCCCGGUCGCGACCCGGGCGGCGGAGGCGGCCCCGCCGGCCGGGGCCCUGCUGGGCCAAGGAGCUGCCCGGGGUGGCCGUUGGGGCCGAGGGGGCGUGGCCUCGGCGGGCGCCCUGUUCCCUAGCAACCCAGCCGCGGCCAGCCGGAGGGAGCCUCUUCAGGCCCCCAACUGGCUUUCCAGGGCCUGCCCGCUGGCUCUCGGAGGGAGGGCGGGCCAGCCACGGGUUCGAGACCUGGACAGCCGGCGCGGCUGCGUGCAGGCCGGGCCGUUCCUCUUCGCAGCCCGGGCAAGGCUCAGGGCCUGCCGCUGGACGGUGGACAAGAAGGUCUAA